AUGACGAUAGACACCUCGUGGUUCUCCGACCUUGAGAUACAGAAUGGAGAUCUUGCGAUCCGCUUCCUCGCCUACUUUGACGGCAACCAGGACGACUUCAACAAGCUGAUCCACAAAGGCAUCCUCAACGCCGACCUCUCAAAGCAGCUCACGCGCCGAGCGCUGCCCGAGCUGAGCUCUCGUUUCCUGCAUGAGACGCUCUUCGCUCAGUGGGACGAGGAAACCAAAAGGUCAACCCCAGCCAACAGUACCUUCCGUGUCUUCCACCCAUUUUGUUUCACAAACUCCCGCACUGAGACCGAAAAGAUUACUGCCAUCGUUAAGGAAGAGCUGGAGGCCUUCAAGCGGCUCUUCGCCGGGGAGCCCGCAGGCCUGUGCCAGGUUUCGUUCAUCCACGCCGGAGGCGAGACGACGGGACGGAAGAUGUGGGACACGGCAUUCCGCUGGCGAGACACCGUCUUCCACACGUACGUCAUGGUCCAGUGGAAGGACAAGUGGCUGGAGAGGGACAUGCGGGGCUUCGCGCAGAAGUUCAAGAACAGGCUGAGGCAGUUCUCCAUAGCGGGCAAGGCCGCCUUCAUCAACUUCCCGGACUCGAGCAUGCCGGACACGGACCACCUCAAGGCCUACUACGGCAACAACCGCCAGAAGCUGCAGCAGGUCAAGCGCAUGUGGGACAAGAAGAACUUCUGGAAGUGGGACCAGGGCAUCGACCUGGCCGAGAGCAGUAGCCUGGACGCCCUCGAGAAGGCGGACUCCAACACUAACAUAAAGGAGGAGGAGCUGUCUGACGGGGAGGAAGACGGGCCGGACGAGCAGACAGACUUGGCAGCGACCAUUCGUUGGGAGUCGCGGGAUUCUACGGCAUAUGCCCCGUUGUUGACACAACAGUUCGAAGCCCUCGGGCUGGAUUAUUCUCAUGCUGGAUUUCCUUCGGUCGGCGACAUCGAAUCUAUACCGCCGGAUUUGUUCUAA